GUUCUUACCAGGAAAAAUGUAAUAUACCAGUUGUCCGGUACUAAUAUACCUGUUGCCACAUGGCAUAUUUUUCAAGCUGCAUUACAAUCUAUUAUCACAAUACACAAGCAAAAAAUAAACAAAUUUAUUUAGCUGUGACUAAGUGUUGCCUUGUUCCGUAUUAAUAGUUCUCGUAAUUUGUAAUUAUCAAUUUUUAACGACUACUAAGAAUGAAAUAAUGAUUAAGAUUUUAAUUUAAAAUAAAAUAACAUAAUUUGUAAUAUAUUAUGGUUCGUCAAGUAUUUUUUUGAUGCAAGAAAAUGGUCAAUGAUGGAUGACGAUACGAUUGACAGAUUUACAGGCAAUUCUGUAUAUGACGGAAGUGAAAAGACGCCUCUGUAUUGUAAAAAUGACAAUGAGAAAACUACACUUAAUUUAAUUGUAGCUUUCUGCACUGUAUUCUGUGUUGGAAUAUUAGUAGUUUUAUUGGUUCAUAUUCAUAUUUAUGGUACACAUCAGUUAGUGCCACAUGGAAGUGUGGCUAGUGAUGAUGUCGAAUGUUCUCAAUAUGGUAUUGAAAUACUAAAAAUUGGAGGAAAUGCUGUAGAUGCUGCUAUCACAUCUGCUUUAUGUAAUUCCAUUGCACUUCCUCAUCUUUCUGGACUAGGAGGAAAUGGUGUUAUGUUGGUUUAUGAUCACCGGUCUGGGACAGGAAAUGUGAUUGACUUUAGAGCUACACGAAGUUCUCACCAAUUGGUUGGGAUACCUGGAUUCUUAGCAGGAUUAUAUUAUGCCAAUUCAAAGUAUGGUAUACUUCCUUGGAAAACUCUUGUAGAACCUUCUAUAAAACUUGCCAAACGAGGUGUAAUUGUAACAGAAAGUUUACUUGAAGCCAUUAAUCAAAAAUCAUUAGAGUCGUUUCAAAAUAAGGCUCUUAAAGAUUGGCUUACAAUAGUAUCGACAUAUUCACCUGGACAAGUAGUUAAAGUACCCGAUGGACUUAUAAAUACUCUCAAUUUAAUAUCUUCAAAUCAACUUGACGUUUUUUAUGAAAAAAUGACAAAAGAAUUAUCUGGCUUAUUGAGAUCAGAAGAUAUUAAUAACUAUGAAGUACAAGAUUUAUCAAUAAUAAAACAGGAUUUUAUGAACUAUAGUAUUAUAACUUCAAAUAAAGAUACAGGGGGUCCAAUUUUAUUUGAAGUAUUAAGCAAAUUAAAUGUUACUAAAAAUGAUGAUGAUAGUAUGUUUUCUUCAUUACCAAGUAGUUUCAAAGAUUUAGGAGAUAAUUGGUUAGAGAAUACUGGAUUACAUAUUGCCACUACUGAUGUAUUUGAUCUUUAUGUAACAGUUGUAAGUGGUCUUGGUUCAAUUUUUGGUUCUGGUAUUUUAACUCGAUCUGGAUACAUGUUAAACAAUGCGUUAUAUACAAGUAGUGAAGAAAAUAAUAUUUCACAACGACCGUCAUCGUUAUACCUUCCAUUUAUAGCUGUUGAAAAAGAUAAAAUAUGUGGACGAAGAAUAAUUUCAGGAUCAGCGGAUGUUCGUGAUGGAACCCAAAUACUGUUAUCAAUAAUCAAAACGGAUUCACAUGAAUUUCUGGAAGUUAAUAAAGCUCCACGAAUUAGAUUCAAUAAUGUUAAUAUUGCAGUCGAAUUUCCUUUAACUUUUCCUAAAAAAUUAAAAGACUUAUUUUUAAGCUUAGAUUUUAAUGUAUUUAAUGCAACAUUGCCUUAUCCCACUUCAAAUAUUAUACAAAAAUUGGAAGAUAGGGCGAUUGCUUUAUCAGAUUCAAGGGGAUCUGGAAACUCGUUUACUAUAUAAACUAUUAUUAGUAUUAUAAUAUUAAAAGUUUUACAAUUCUAUAUUUGUACAAUUUCUGUAUUCUUUUAUAUCAAUAGUUAAAUAAAAUUAUAACUAAAAUCUUAAGUGUAAUAGUGCGGAAGGACAGUUAUAACUAUGAAUUCAAAUUUUAAAUGCAUAAUAAUGGGUAAAUUUAGUGAAAUAUAUUUGUAUAACUUGUUAUUUAUAAUAAAUUAACGCCUUAGAGGCUUAACUCUAAGUA